AUGGCCAAUAUCGAUCCCGUAAAUGAGUCUAGAAGGGAGAAUGCACAGUACUUGACGUGUGACAAAUACGAACAUGGCCGACAAACGAAUAUCGAUGUAGAAGAUCCUAGAAACACUGGAACAAAAAAAUGUGGUUGUCCGUUCAAAUUGAUUGGCAAAAAGUCAAGGUUUGAUGAAUUAUGGCGGUUGACUGUCAGCGAUGGCAGGCAUACUCAUCGUCCGGCUUUGUUUCCUCACGGACAAGGUACGACUAGUCGUAUAACUUCACAACAGAAAGCAAGAAUUAAAGAAUUGCGAAAUUCUCACGUGAAGCCAAUGCUAAUCAUGGAUAGAUUGAGGAAAGAUGAUCCGACGAUACAAACCUCUAUGAAGCAUGUUUACAAUGAGUUGACCAAGAUUAAAUUUGAGGAAAUGGAGGGCAUGACUGUUAUUCAGUUUAUGAUGCAUAACUUUCAACAAGGCGAGUAUCGAUAUUGGCAUCGCGUCGAUAGUGAAACGAGCAACACGAUUACAGAUAUUAUGUUUGCAUGUCCCGAAUCUAUUAAGUUACUACGGCUGUUCCCGUAUGUUAUAUCGAUGGACUGCACAUACAAAACCAAUAAGUAUGCUAUGCCUCUUUUGGAAAUAAUUGGGAUAACUUCAGUUGGGAGGAAUUUUACAAUUGUUGUUGCAUUUAUGUCGCAUGAAGAUGCAGACACCUACGAGUGGACUUUGAAUUGUUUGAAAGAGUUGCUAGAUAGUGUCGAAUCUGAUGCGAUCUUGACAGACAGGGAUUUGGGUCUUUUGAAAGCACUGCCAAAUGUCUUCCCAUUUUCGUAUCAUAUGCUGUGUAUAUUCCAUAUAAACAGAAAUGUUGAGGCAAAUGCGACGAAAUUUAUGGGAGGCAACAAAGACCAAGGUCUAAUAUUCCGACGUGUGCUGUGGGCUAAGCUGGUGAAGUCAGAAACCGAAGAAGAGUAUCAUUACAAUUACAAUGAAAUUGUUGGACGAUAUGCAGGGUAUCCUAGACUGAUACAGUAUUUGAAUGAUACGUGGUUGAUAUACAAGGAGAAGUUUGUUCGAGCCUAUACUCGCAAUGUGUAUCAUUUUGGCAACACGGACACCAACAAGGUGGAGAGUGCUCAUUCUUCAGCGAAUGGUUGGUUAAAUGCUUCGACCAGAGGUCUGGAUAACGUGCAAGGCAAACUUCGGGACCAAGUUUAUAUCCAAAUUAGUCAGCUAAAGUGCGAUUUUUCAUUAUCAUCCAAGAUAAGGAAGCAUACUGCAGCAUGGCCGUGUUUUCAGGGUUUGAUUUGUUAUGUUACGCAUCUGGCAUUAGAGAAAUUUGAUCAAGAGAUGGAGUCCCCGGCGAUGCAAGAUCCGAGUAUUUGCACACAAUAUCUUUGGAAUACUCAUGGGCUCCCAUGCGCGUGCAAAAUUGUGCAGAAAAUGGAAGAUAAUGACACGUUCGUCAUUUCAGACUUGCAUCUAUUCUGGAGUACCAUGGCAGUUGAGCCUUCGGAGCUACCUGAGUAUCAAGUAAACCGCGAGGAGAUUGUGGAUAGACAGAUUGAUGACCUGAAUUGCAAUUUGAAGAAGAUGAAUUACACGAGUAAGAUAAAUGUCGUUGCCUCAUUGCGUGGCAUCGUUUAUCCGUCUACGUCGCAUCUGUCCGAGCCAUCAUUUGUUAAGACCAAAGGACGACCAAAGAAUAACUCGACAAAGAGAGACCCAUCCGGAUGGCAGUAUCAUAUUGAUGAGGAGACAAUUAAGUCGUCUUGUGGUUCCAAGGGUUGCCAAACCUCAUCUGGUGCAAAGAUUCCUAAAGCAAAGGUUGAGAGAAGUGUUAGAGUAGAUGGCAACUGUGGGUACCGGUGCGUUGCUCAAGCCGUGUACGGGGAUCAAGAAAGAUGGCCGCAAGUGAGAGGGGAGUUGCUUAUUGAGUUAUACGAGCAUGCUAAUGUGUGCACGGCGAUGUUUGGCAGCACCGGAUACGUUGAGGUCAUACACAAGUGUGACUGGACCUCAGGGCCUUGUCCACAAGCUUAUUGGAUGUACAUGAAUGAAAUGGGAUUGGCCAUUGCUACCAGAUACAAUGCAUUAGUGGUACUUUUGACUCAAGUCAAUUUGAGUGUCUGA